GAGACGUCAUCUCAAGCAACAACCAGAGUCGAGGAACUCCGUAUACAGGUGGAGGGAGUGAAGGGGGUGAUGGUGGACAAUGUGGAGAAAGUCCUUCAGCGGGGCGAGCGUCUGGACGACUUGGUGGACAAAACAGUUGAACUACAAAACACGGCUGGCGCCUUCCAGAAGACAUCUACCCAGAUCCUGCGCAGGGCCUGGUGGCGAAACGUCAAAACCUGGGUCAUCAUCAUCACCAUCCUCACCAUCAUCCUCACCAUCAUCAUCCUGUUAGCCACAGGAGUCAUCCCUACCUAGACCAUCACCAUCACCACCACCAUCACCACCACCAUCACCAUCACCACCAUCACCACCACCACCAUCACCAUCAUCACCACCAUCACCACCAUCACCACCAUCACCAUCACCACCAUC